AUGGUGAGCAAAAGCGCUGUGAUCGGGAUAGAUCUGGGCGCUGACACGUCCUACGUCGGCUACGUCGGGAAGGGCAUUGUAGACAUCUGCCAGAACGAGGUCUCCCGGAGAGAGACGCCGACGUUGGUCGGCUUCACCGACCGCGAGCGUCUACUGGGGGAUGCGGCACUAGCGCAGAUCAAGUCCAAUGCGAAGAAUACUUGCAGAAACUUCAAGCACCUGCUGGGGCAGCAGUUGGACUCUCCGCAGGUGAAGGAGGAGGACUUUUGGUCCACGUCAACCAUCGGCGUGUGCCCAGACGGGGGCCUGGGCUACCAGGUCAACUACAAGGGCGAGUCGAGGGACAUGUCAGCCGUCCAGGUGACGGCGAUGUUCCUGACGAAGCUCCGGGAUCUUACGGAGAAGUGGACCCAAAGCAAGGUGGCCGACUGCGUGAUCGGCGUGCCUUCAUACUACUCCGAUGUUCACAGACAGGCGCUCUUGGACGCCGCCAAGAUCGCGGGCCUCCCGGUGCUUCGCCUUAUGAACGAGCACACGGCCACCGCCCUUGCCUAUGGCAUCUACCGCUCGAACGACUUCGACGCUGAGAAGCCUUGUACAGUGGCUUUCUGCAACAUGGGCCAUACCAUGUUCUCCGUCUCCGUGGUGCAGUUUGUCCGUGGGAAGCUCACAGUCAUCUGUGAGAAGUCAGACAAGGUGGGAGGAAGGACAAUGACGGAAUGCCUGAUGCGCGAGUUCGCCCGGCAAUUCCAGAAGAAAGUAGGCUGCGACCCGCUGUCCAGCAAGAAGGCGGCGUUCAAGCUCGAGGAAGCUGUCACCAAGACCAAGAAGAUUCUCUCUGCCAACAAUGAGGCACAGCUCUCUGUGGAAUGCCUCAUGGAGGAUGAAGACUUCGGCUCCACCAUCACCCGCGACGUCUUCCUUGAGAUGUGCCAGCCCAUGAUGGACAGGGUCUCUGCGGUGCUGGAGGGAGCGAAGGCCGCCGCAGCGGCUGCAGGAGUCGCCGCGGAGCAGAUUGACUUUGUAGAGAUGAUUGGCGGGGCCUCGCGCGUUCCAUGGGUCAAGGAGUUCUGCUCCAAAGCCUUCGGUGGGAAGGAGCUGUCCACCACCAUGAAUGCGGACGAGUCGGUGGCCAGGGGCUGCGCGCUUCAAGCCGCAAUGCUGUCGCCUCUGUACAAGGUGCGCGACUUCGCUGUGGUAGACGUCAUUCCUCAUCCGGUCACCAUCGGCUGGAUGGGCUCCUCGGCCGACCAGGAUGCCGAGAAGGGAGACGAGGAGGGAGAGCACAUGGCCGGAGCGGAGGGAGAGUACAAGACCAUGACGGUCUUUCCACGCAACAGCCUCAUGAACACCGUGAAGCUGCUCACAUUCUACCGCAAAGGCCCCUUCGACCUCAAGUUGGAGUACGAGGACACCUCCGCGCUCGUGCCCGGCGCCGGAAAGCUCCUUGGGAACUUCAAGAUCGAUCUGCCUCCGGCCGGCGAGACGAAGAAGAUCAAGGUCAAGGCGAAGCUGACGCUGAAUGGCACCUUCGGCAUCGAGAGCGCGCAGAUGCUUGAAGAAGAGGAGUACGAGGAGAAGGUGAAGGAGAAGAAAGAGAUCGAGGUCCCAGCCGAGGAGGAGGCCAAGCCGGCCGAGGGCGAGGCCUCGCCGCCGCCUCCCGAAGGCGAGAAGCCAGAGUCGCCCAAGGAGGGCGAGGCCGCUGCGGAGGGCGAGACCAAGGCGCCCUCCCCCAAGAAGGAGCCCGAGAAGAAGUACGAGUGGGUGGAAGUCGUGAAGAAGAAGAAGCGCACCAAGCGCACCGACAUCCCCAUCGUGGCGACAGACGUUCCUGGCCUGCCAUCCAACACCAUCCAGAAGCAGGAGGAUGAGGAGACUGCGAUGCAAGCGGACAUGAAGGAGAUCAUCGAGACCGAUGAGAAGCGAAACGACUUGGAGUCCUACAUCCUCACCAUGCGGGAUCUACCAGAGGAUUCAGAUCCCGCAGACUGGCACAUCCGGAUGCCGCGCACACUGCUAGAUGUGGUGACGCAGCUACUGGAACUGAUGUUCGCUCGAAGGAAAGGCGCAGGCAAUCACUUUUGUGAGGAUGAAAUGCGAGGCGAUUGGGUCCAGGCUGUGCAAGGCACCAUCACCAACUACGCCAACGCGGCCAAGACCCCGGGAGAGAUGUGGCUUGCCUUCAAACUACCAGGGUACAGCCAUAUCUCGCCGGACAAGCUGGGUCAGAUCGUCAAGGAGUGCGACUCCCUGACUUCGUGGCUCGAGAGCAUGCAGGCUCAGCAAGCUGCGAUGCCCAAGCACGAGAAGCCUGUCCUGCUCCCUGACAGAGACCAGAUGAUCUGCUCAGACCUGGAAAAGAAGAACCAGGAGCUCGCGAAGUUCGCGGACGAAAUUUUGAGGAGGGCGAUGUGGCCGAUGUGGACUAAGCAGUCUGCACUGCCGGCGCUGCUCGAGCUGGGCAAUGAUAUCUACUCCAUCGCCACGUUCGACAAGGAAGAGUCGUCGUGGCACUUGUGGGUUUACAACCGGGCAAGCUCCAAGAAGGGGGUGACACUGCGUGCCAAGCAGUGCGUCCUUCCUUUGGGCCAGCUCACGCUAGUGGAAGAGAUGCCCGCUGACUCGGAUGCCCUGUUCCGUGUGCCUUAUGCCUUGAGCAGCCCCGGCACCAGCGGCUUGGUCUGCGUCUGGCAGGAGGAAGAAGGGGAGGUCGUCAUGGACAUCGCAGAGGUGGCCAAGCAACUGUCCUUGGAUUUGAAAUCGCCCGAGAUAGCGACUCGUCUCGAAUCUUAA